AGAAUGGUGAGAGAGAGGGUCUGGGCAGAUUAUCUGGGCUGAAGGACAGCUUGAUGGCGAUUUUCAGGGAAGCGUUCUGUCAGAUAACUGCAGUGGGCUGCCACGUGCCAGGCUGCAGUGGGGCUGUGUGGGGGUGUGUAAAUGAGGAUGUUGCCUUGUGCGUUUCUCUUGGUGACGUACAGAGAGCUGUGCUAGAGUCUCAGCUGUAUUGUGCGAAUUGGCUUUGAGGUACUGACGUCACAGAAGCUGAACUGCAGUGAGGAACAAGUCACUAUGGUUACAGCUGUGAUCGGUGCGGAAAGACAGUGUACAGUGUCAGAGGGUUAACAGCCACGUACUUGUACACCGACUGCUGAACAGAUAUGCACUGACUGUGGAAGAAUGGAGCCAAUGGCCGUCAGCAGUUCCGCUUAUCAAUCCGGCGACGAGGAGUUUGACAGGAAUGGCCCGCGAAUCUGUGGUGUUUGUGGGGACAAAGCAACUGGCUUCCAUUUCAACGCCAUGACGUGUGAAGGCUGCAAAGGCUUCUUCAGGAGAAGUAUGAAGAAGAAAGCCACUUUUACCUGUCCUUUCAACGGCAACUGUGCAAUUACAAAGGAUAACCGACGGCAUUGCCAAGCCUGCAGACUGAAGCGAUGUCAGGACAUUGGCAUGAUGAAAGAGUUUAUUUUGACAGACGAAGAGGUUCAAAGGAAGAAGGAGUUGAUUUUAAAACGGAAAGAAGAGGAGGCGAUAAAGGAGGCAAAGAAACCGAGGCUGAGUGAUGAACAAGAGAACCUGAUUGCCUUACUGGUCGACGCUCACAGGAAAACCUACGAUGAUUCAUAUGCUGACUUCAUCCAUUUCCGACCUCCCGUGCGGAUGGAGGACUCUAGCGAAUAUUCAUCAGGUUCCUGCUCCAUCCAUUCAUCACAGAGCCUUUCCUCAGAAGAACACUUUGAUCCCUGCAACCCGUCCUCAUCCGAGUCGCUCAGCACAUUCCCAGACAAUCUGAGAAUGUCGAGCUGCAGUACUGACGCUGAGAUGCUGGAAGACCCCAAUGGUAAGCCUGAGGAAGCCUCACCACUUACCAUGCUGCCUCACCUUGCUGACCUGGUCAGCUACAGCAUACAGAAGGUCGUGGGCUUUGCAAAGGGCAUCCCUGGCUUCAGGGAGUUAUCAUCAGAUGACCAGAUUGCCCUUCUAAAGUCGAGUGCAAUUGAAAUUAUUAUGCUGCGAUCAAACCAGUCCUUCAUGUUGGACGACAUGUCCUGGUCCUGUGGAAACGAGGAUUUCAAAUACAAACUCCAAGACGUCACAAAAGCUGGCCAUUCCUUGCAGUUGCUGGAACCACUUGUAAAAUUUCAGAUUGGUUUGAAGAAGCUGAACUUACACGAAGAGGAGCACGUGCUUCUGAUGGCUGUCUGCCUGCUCUCCCCGGAUCGGGCCGGGGUGCAGGAGCGUGCUCAAGUGGAGGCCAUUCAGGACCAGCUCUCUGAGACGUUGCAGACGUACAUUCGGGUCAAACACGUUCAGCCGGGAAGCCGCUUGCUCUACGCAAAGAUGAUUCAGAAGCUGGCUGAUCUCCGCAGCCUGAACAACGAGCAUUCCAAAGAGUACCAGUUACUCGCCCUCCAGCCCAGCCAUUGCCUGCAGCUCACCCCUCUGGUGCUGGAGGUGUUCGGCAAUGAGGCUGAUCACUGAGGUCCUGGCUGGUGUGUGUGCAGGGGCAGGUCUGCUCACACAGAUCACGUCUGCGCUGGUCUGCGCAGUGUAGGUGGAAUGACAUCAGGACUGAUUUAAAAAGAGAGCGACCGGGAAGGUUUUGCAUUCGGUGUAUCUGUGCAUUGAGGGGCGAGGGCUGGUGGGUCUGAAUGACCAGGGAUUGAUUAGCAACACCACUUGGGUUACAGCAUCUCGUAGAUCUUUUUCAUCCAUUACUCGACUGAUUUUUUGAAACAAUGAACCUGGUUUUAACAGCACAACAGAAUGUAAUCCACCUUUACCUGGUCCAACACCCCCCCC